UGGACGCACCUUUAGAAGGUAAGAAUGCGAAUAAUUCAAAUCCUCUAAGAAAACAAAUAAAAUGGAAUAAUCUGCUAAAAGAAAUUAGAGAAUUUAAGAAGAAAGAUUAUGAGAAUAAAUAUAUUAUUGUUAACAAGCUCCCAGAUGAUGAUGAGUUAGUUGAGUAUUGGCACAUUUUUCAAGAAUAUAAUACUUCAUGUUUAGUUUGUAAUUUUAAUGAUAUUGACCAUCAUAGUCAUAUAAUCACAAGGAAAAAGAAUCUUGAAAUUCAAAAGAUUUUAAA